UGACCUAAGCGGCAGUGACGUGUUUCAGUUGCUAAGCUGCAGCGGACCGUCAACAGGUCGUUAUUAUCCAGUCAACCGGUUUAACGGUUCAACCGUCACCUGGGCUCCGGUUCACAUGACCCACCGCAGCCGCCGCACAGAGGUGAAGAAGCUCAGAGCCGACAGUGAAUGACAGACUGAUGUCUGUCCUCAUGAAUUAACUCAGCGCUGGUCCGUUGUUCAGACAGAGGGACCAGUGGGACCAGUAGGACCAGUGGGACCAGUAUGGCUGCUGCCAGCACCACCAAGAUCUCAUGGAGACUCAGCGAGUUCGAGGCUCAUUCCAAGACGGUUUCCUGCCUGGCUCUGGCCAAACACUCGGGCCGCCUGCUGGCCACCGGAGGAGAAGACUGCAGCGUCAACAUCUGGAGCAUCAGCAAGGCCAACUGCAUCAUGAGUCUGACGGGUCACAAGAACCCGGUGGAGUGCGUUGAGAUCAACUCGACCGACGAGCAGGUCGUCACCGGAUCUCAGUCCGGUUCGGUCCGAGUCUGGGACCUGGAGGCGGCCAAGAUUCUCAGGACUCUGACGGGACACAGAAGCAGCAUCACCAGUCUGAGCUGCCACCCGUUUGGAGAAUACAUCGCCUCCAGCUCCAUGGACAUGAACAUCAAGCUGUGGGACGUUCGGAGGAAAGGAUACAUCUUCAGUUUCUCUGGUCACUCUGAGGCCGUCAGGAGUUUGGCCUUCAGUCCUGAUGGGAAGUGGUUGGCCUCAGCCAGCGACGACUGCUCUGUGAAGCUGUGGGACUUGGCUCAGGGGAAAGUCAUCAAAGAGUUCAGAUCUCACGCUGCAGCCGUCAACACCGUCCAGUUCCACCCCAACGAGUACCUGCUGGCGUCCGGCAGCUCCGACAGAACCAUCAAGUUGUGGGAUCUGGAGAAAUUUACGAUGAUCGGCUCGUUGGAGGGAAACACGACUCCAGUCAGGUGCAUGUUGUUCAGUCCGGACGGCUGCUGUCUCUACAGUGGAGCUACAGAUUGUCUCCGUGUGUUUGGUUGGGAACCAGACCGCUGCUUCGACAUGGUGUCGGUGGGUUGGGGGAAGGUGUCCGACCUGGCCAUCUGCAACCAGCAGCUGAUCGCGGCGUCCCACCACCUGUCUAUUGUGUCGUCCUACGUGGUCGACCUGAAGCGGGUGAAGAAGAGCGGCGGCUCCGUGAUCCAGGGAAUCAUCCAGCACAACCAGCCGCUCACAGAGCCCAAGGAUCCCAAAGGAGCCACGAUACGAAGGAGCUACGAGAGACCGACGACCACCUGUAGCAGAUUGAAGCAGCGCGCAGAUGCUGAUAGGCGGAGCCCCGAAGGAGAGAGGCGGAGCCCCAGCGAGGAGGAAGCAGACGAGAAGCUGUCGUCAGCAGAGAUCCACAACGCAGAGGACUACAGGGAGAUCUUCCAGCCAAAGAACGCCAUCUCUCGUACUCCUCCCAGGAUGUCCGAACCGUUCCCUGCUCCUCCAGAGGACGAGACUGUUCUGGCCAUCGGCCAUCAGCUGAAGGACCUGGUGUCUCCUUUUCCUGACAAACUGCAGGCGGCUCAGCCGGUCACCUCCACUCCGGUCCAGAGGGUGGAACCCACCGUGGUCUCUAACGUGAAGCGUCCUUCGGUAGUCGGACCCCCGUCCUCCAGCCAGAACCCCCCUCAGCCUCCGGUCAUCACGGCCAAACAGAAACCACAACCCAAGAUCAUCCUGAGCACCAGGAACGAACCCAUCGGGCUCAACGUGUCCGACUUCCUGCCUUCUCCAGCCAAUCACAGACCAGGAGCUCUGAGCGACGACGAGGCCGUGACCCAGAUCAAGAAGGGCCAUGACACCAUGUGUGUGAUGCUGAGCAGCCGACACAAGAACCUGGAGACGGUCCGAGCCGUGUGGGUCCGAGAGGACAUCAAGAGCGCUCUGGAUACUGCUGUCUCCAUCAACGACCUGUCCAUAGUGGUGGACAUCCUGAACAUCAUCAACCUGCAGCCCUCUCUAUGGAAGUUGGAUCUGUGUACCACCGUCCUUCCUCAGAUCGACAAACUGCUGCAGAGUAAAUAUGAGAGCUACAUGCAGACCGGCUGCACAUCUGUGAAGCUCAUCAUGAAACAUUUCUGGGUCCUGAUCUCAGACACGCUGAAGGCCACGCCGUCUGUAGGAGUGGACAUCAGCAGAGAGGAGCGACACCAGAAGUGCAGAUUGUGCUGCAAGCAGCUGAAGAACCUCAGCAACAUUGUGAAGAACAAGGCGGCCCAGGUCGGUCGCCACGGCAGCACCUUCAGAGAGCUGCAGCUGCUGAUGGCGCCACUCGACGAUUCGCUCUGAGGUCUUCAGACGGGUUCCUGCUCUGAAGAACCUCGAGGCUUCUGCUCACAGAAGAAGAAACAUUGAGAAAGAUGUUGAUCUGCUGCCAGGAAGUCCUUCAUCUCCCUCAGAAUCAGAGGAGGAGUGUGAUCUCCACCUGAACAACCUGCUGGCACCAGAAGAACCAGAAUCCUGCUGAGAUGUCGAGUCAGAAACACCUGAAAGUUCUAGAUUGUUUCCUGUUGAUCCUAAAACACAAUGACCUGCCGUCAGACAAUCAACGGAACCAAAAGACACAACAGGAGCUCUGAAAUACGACUGAAGUCAGACAACAUCUAAACACUGAAGACAAACCAGGAGCUUCGAUGUCCAGAAGUCCACAAAGUCCAUAAAGUCCACCUUCAGACUGAAAGCUGCAAUGAUUAAUCAAUGACUUUAAUCAGUUUAAGUAAUAAUCUGAUAAAAAGAACUGUCUAAAUUCUUUUAUUUUAGCUCCUUCAAUGUGAGUAUUUUCUGGUUUCUUUCCUAAACUGAAGAUCUUUGGAUGAAACAGGACAUCUGAGGAAAACAUCCACAUUAGUCAACGUUUACUGAGCAAACAGCCCAACUGGAAACGCUUCAGUUUUAGUCCAACAGCUUGGCCUGUAGUUUCUGUGGAAUUAAAACUCCAUCACACUCAGUAGUUUAAAGCAGCUCCUAGGAGGAUUUAGUUCCUGUUGGACAAAGGCUGUUUCUGUCUGGAUGCUAAGCUAAGCUAAGCUAAGCUGCUGAUGGUAGAGACCAGUCAGUACCUACAGAUCUAUCUAUGGACGCUGUAGAACCUCUGGAGGAUCUGGGAUGUUCAUGAUGUUCAGGGUGUCUCUGGUUAACGAUGAACUCUGGUCGUCUCUGAGGAGGAAACCAGAAAAACUCAGAAACACUUUCUGAUGUGCACAAGUUUUCACUUUUCUACUUUCCACUCUUAUUCACUGUAAAUGUACAGUUACUGUUUAUUUAAAUAAAGAACUCAAUGAUGGAAUUCA